AUGCCACAAGGAAAUCGCGGACAUGGGAGAGGCAGGGCCAAUGGCCGCAACAAGGCCCCGCCUCCCCCAGCAACGAUUCUGCCUGGGCCAAUCCAUGACCGCCAGCAGAUUAUGAGCGAACAUGGCGCUGGCGUGACAAUCAAACAGCAGUGGGAGGAAAAUCCCAAGGCGCCGCUCGCCAACUACCUUGGCGGAGGAACCGGUGGCGCCACUAACCUUGGCGAUGGAGGCAAGGGCUUCCAGGUCGAGGAAGGCAUGAUUGAUGGGAAGAAGAUGUACCGCGUCUCCGUGUUGGUGGACGAGCAGGACAACAUCGUCGGCGUGGGAGACGCAACAUCGCGCAAGGAGGCCGAGAAGCUCGCCGCGCUGAGUGCUGUGCUCCAGCUCACUCGCGUCGGGUAUCUGGAGAAGGGCAGAGCCGCGGCAAAGAACGCGCCAGUCGCCGCAGCUAGUGCCGGCGGGUCCUCUACACCAGUCACCGGCACCGCUGAGACGGCCCCGCUGAGUGACGGCUCUCUCCUGACCUACGACCGGGCGCGCCAGUUCAUCGAGUGGUACUGCAAACAGUUUCACUUUGGAAAGCCUGACAUUGAGUUCUCGUCGUCGACCACCAAGGUCACCGCCCCAGCUGGCUUCCGCGGGCGCAAGGCCAAGGCGGCGAUGGGUCCCACGAACUGGGAGGCGGUUAUGACUAUCGGAGGUCGCCGUAUCGGGCAGGGCACUGCAACGAACAAGAAGGGUGCUCAGAUCCGCUGUUACCUUGACGUCGUGACCUACCUGGAAUCGCUAGACCGGGAUCUCUGGAACGACUUCAUUGAGGCUACCAAGAAAGACCCCUCAGCGGUGCUCGGUCAAGCCCCGCAUCUCGUCUUCAGUAUGUCGGACAUGCUAAAUGACGACGUGCAGACGCUUUGCAGCGAUAUCCGGCAUUCGCUUCUUUACUACAACGCCCCUCAACCCAACACGUCAGCGCCCGUGCCCCACAUCGCGCAGUCGUUUGGCCCGAGGCGACACUGGCAGGCGACGGCGUCGGAGCUCAAGGCGAAGUCGGACAAACUGCAGGACAGGCUGAUGCAGUACGAGACAGACCCUGCGUUGGAGAAGAUGCGCGCAACGCGUCAGGCUUUGCCCGUCUACACUCGCUCCAGCGACGUUUUGGCGAAGAUUGAGGUCAACGACGUGACCAUCGUUAUGGCGGCCACAGGUUCCGGCAAGACGACGCAGGUGCCGCAGAUGCUCUUCGACGACUACAUAAACCGCGGGGAAGGUUCCCGGUGCAACAUUAUCUGCACCCAGCCCCGUCGCCUCGCGGCUAUGUCCGUCGCGGAGCGCGUAGCGGAUGAGCGAGGACAGAACCUCGGCCAGGAAGUCGGCUAUCAAGUGCGAUUUGACAACAAGCCACCACAGCCCAAUGGCAGCAUCACAUUCUGCACGACGGGAGUCUUCCUCAAGCGUAUGCAGUCGUCGCUUGGUGCUCAAGCGCAGCCCGAAUCUGUCGCUGCGAUGGACCAAGUCACGCAUGUCAUUGUUGACGAGGUGCACGAGCGUGACAUUGACACCGACCUGCUGCUCGUCGUUCUCAAGCGUCUAAUUGCGGACCGUCGAUCGCGCAGGAAGCCGAUCAAGGUCGUGCUCAUGUCCGCAACAAUUGAUCCGACACUAUUCCAGAACUACUUCAAGGACGAGUACGGUCGCCCAGCUCCUGUGGCAGAGGUGCCGGGUCGCACUUUCCCCGUUACGCGUCACUACCUGGACGACUUUCUUGACGAGAUGCGCCAGGGACUGCCUCGCAACAUGGGCGGUUGGGUGUUCCAGGACGCUAAGACGGCCGAGUACAUCAAUCGCGAGAUGAGUCGCGACCCAUCAGUGUUCCAGCAGACGUCUGGCAUCAUGCUGGGCGAGCUCGACGUUCCUUAUCCUCUUGUCGCCCUCACAAUCGCCUUUGCGCUUAAGAAGACACACGACGGCCAUGUGCUCGUGUUCCUUCCUGGCUGGGACGAGAUCAAGAAGGUUGCUGACAUCCUUCUCGAUCCCGGGCAGUACCCUCUCCUGGGCAUGAACUUUAACGACGCCAAUCAGUACAGCGUUCACUACCUUCACUCGUCCAUCCCUGCUGCUGAGCAAAAGGAAGUAUUCCGUCCGCCAGCGCCUGGCGUCCGCCGUAUCAUCCUAGCCACCAACAUCGCCGAGACGUCCGUUACCAUCCCCGAUGUCGUGUACGUCGUCGACACAGGUCGCGUCAAGGAGAAGCGGUACGAUCCCGAGCGGCACAUGAGCUCUCUUGUGUCAGCGUGGGUGGGUGCGUCUAAUCUCGGCCAGCGUGCCGGCCGUGCGGGUCGUCACCGCAGUGGUGAAUACUACGGUAUUCUCUCCAAGCGCCGCUUCGAGUCGCUCGAGCCGAACCAGAUGGUGGAGAUGAAGCGCUCCGACCUGAGUGAUGUGGUCAUGCACGUCAAGGCGCUCAAUCUCGGCGAGGUGGAGGAGGUGCUCGGGGCCGCCAUUGAGCCGCCUGAGCCCUCGCGCAUUGUGGCUGCUCUUGAAACGCUGCGCAUGCUUGGCGCACUCGACUCGAACAAGAACCUCACGUCGCUUGGCCGUGUGCUUCUGCAACUACCUACCGACGCAGCCAUAGGCAAGCUGUGUCUCUAUGGGUCGUUCUUCCGCUGCCUCGACUCGGCUCUCACCCUCGCCGCCGUUCUCACGAACCGCGAUCCAUUCUUGGCGCCGCUUGCGCUGAAGCGCGAGGCUGAUGAGAUCAAGAACUCGUGGUCGCCGCUGGCUUUCCGCUCGGACCCGCUUGCCAUCGUGUCUGCGUACAAUCAGUGGUCGGCGAUGGACGACCGCGGCGAGUACACGACUGCGAAUCGUUUCUGCCAGGACAACUUCCUGUCCAAGCUGACCCUCCUGCAAAUCAAGCAGGUCAAGGGCCACCUUCUGCAAUCGCUCGACCAGGCCGGCGUCAUUGCCGUCUCUGCUGGUGACCGCUAUGUACCGCGCGGAUUCCGUGGGCGGGCCGAGGUGCCUAUGGUGCUUCGUGAGAACGACCACAGUCUUCCGCUGCUUGCGGCGCUUAUUGCCGUCGCUUCGGCACCCAACUUUGCGAUCCGCACGUCGGAGAAGACAUGCCGCACAUCUCAGGACAAGACAGUAUUUAUUCACCCGUCGAGUGUCAACUCCCGUCGCCGUGAGCAGGGCGGACCAGAAGAGCCUAGCGCGUCGUUCCACCCGGCUGAGAAGCGCUUGUACGCCUUCGGGGAGAAGAGUCGCACUGUGCAGCCUGGCAACCCCAACGCGGGCAUCACCAGCUUGCGCUCCGUUACUCGUCUUGACCCCAUGACGUAUAUGCUGUUCGGCGCGUAUGAGGUGUACGCAACUGGCCGCGGCCUCGAGUGCGACGGCUGGCUGCCCGUGACGGGCAAUCUUCACGCCCUUGACGAUGUGCAGCGCCUGAAGACAUACCUCGACACGUGCAUGCUGCGCGUCUUUGAGGGCCUGAGUAAGGCGCUCACGCGUGAGCGAGACACGCGCGUUCAAGCGAACCGAAACGCAGUGGACGUGCGCAGCGGCUCGAGUCGUAUCCGCGAGCGCACCGCUGAGCUCGAUGACGGCAAGGAGAAUGAGAGCGAGGACGAGGAGGACGUGCCGUCCAUAUCUGAACACGCGCGCCUUCAGAACGAGCUCGCGCGCCGACAGACACGCAAAAUUGAGCCACUGAGCGCUGAAGAAAUCCGCGAGCUGGGUAUGCUCACGAAGGACAUCGUGAGUAUCCUGGACGCUUACGCCGAUGAGCGUGAGGGAUCGCGGUCCACAUACAGUUCGCGCCCUGCGACGCCCGUCAACCGCAAUGUGUACCGCCCGCCCGGCGCACGUGGUGGGGGCGGCGGCAUGCGGUGGUAA